AUAUUAAUAAUUCAAUAAUGUCAACCAUUUCAAUUGUAUUAAAAAUCAAUGUUAUUAGCUUUAAGAAAUAAUGUAAUAAUGAUCUCUAAAAAGUAAUUUAGAUAAAGAAGUUACAAUAAACCACACUUUAUUUGACUUUGACUUCCAAAGAAAAUGGCUACCGAUCGAGCAAAGUGAAUUAAACCAAAGUGUUAUUUUCCGUGCACUUAUGCUUUUAGAUAGUGGCUAUCAUUUUAGGAUAUCGUUAUUCUGCUAUUAUCAUCAGUAUUUUGAUUAAUUCCCGGAGAAUCAAUUGUGUAAAACAUAUAAUCUCUGUUAAAUCAAGCUAUCCGCUAAUAAUUCAAUAUCUCCAGCUAAAAACGACAUGGCGGACAAGUAAUCGACCAAUGAGAAGCCAGCAUCCAAGCGUUUCAGAAUUGCAUACUCGCAUUUCGCGUCAUUACGUUUUUGGUGCCUUCUUUCCCACUAAAAAAUUGAAUACUUUUAUUGACAACAGCUAAUUUAAUUGUUUAAUAUGAAGUAUUAAUGAAGAACAGUGCUUUUUUGUGUAGUGGCUGCGUGUGACGUUCAAUUUGGGCAAAGCGUUACAAACUGCUGGGAUCAUGACUGCGUUGGAUUUAGGAUGAAUUGAAAUGCAUUUCCAUCUUUUUGUUAUUGUAAACAAGACUAUGUUUUUGUGGUACACGUGCAAAAGAGUAUUUAAUUGACAGUUGCCUUCAAUGAUGUCGGGAAGGGGGGCAAAGAAACGCGGUAGGCCCCCGAAAUCGGGAAAUUUUGAAAAGAACAGAAAAUUUCAAUAUCAUCUAUUGAAAAAACCAAAAUAUUUACAAGCUCAAAAUGCUGGAACGACAUCUCAUACGACCACACCGUCAGCAUCCAGAGCAUCGUCGCCACAAGGUAGCGAUAUUAGUAGACGAAGUACAAGAAAACAAAGAGGAGGGAAAACUCAUAAAAGUAAGAGAGGUGGUCUAUCGAGUGCAUAUUCACGUAGAGGUUAUAAUCCACAUGCUGCUGAUUAUCAUGAAUCUGAAUAUCAUUAUGGAUCAGAUUUUGGUGAUGAAUAUAGCGAUAGGUCUGAACCUGAAGAAGAUCGCGCAAGCGACAGCCAGUCUGAAGCCAGUGUAGAAGGUGCUGCUAGUGAUAGUGAUUUCUCAGUUAGCAGUUACAGUACAGCAGGGGGUACUGUAAAGAAAGUCACCAAUCACUCAGUUCGGCCUCCAAGUCCAGAUCCACUUUGGCUGCAGGAAGAAAGACAAAUACCACCUUUGGAUCUUCCAGCUUCAUCAGAUGAUCUACUCAUCCCACAUAACUUAGUAAUAGAAGUAGUUGGCAUAUAUGAAGUACUUCGACAUUUCAGGCAUCUUGUGAGAUUGUCACCAUUUCGCAUUGAAGAUCUGUGUGCAGCUAUAAGCUGUGAAGAUCAAAGCAACUUACUGAUAGAGGUACACAUAAUGCUACUUAAAGCUCUUCUCAGAGAAGAAGAUUCUCAACAAACCCACUUUGGUCCCCUGGACCAUAAAGAUAGUGUAAACAUUACUUUAUUUUUGUUAGAUGUUAUGACAUGGCCUGAAAUUCUGAGAAUUUAUGUGGAAAGUGACAAAUCUUUUGAUCAAAAUGUUAUUAAGAUUUUAAAUUCUUGUGAAUAUCCAUUUACAUCAAUAGAGGAAAGAGUAACUGUGCUGCAGUUUUUGUGCAAUCAGUUUUUGAUCACCAAUCCAGUCCGAGAUGAUCUCCUCAGUGAAGUUCCUAUACAUUAUGAUGAUCAUUGCCGAGUUUGUCAUCGUCUGGGGGAUCUAUUAUGUUGUGAAACAUGCCCUGCUGUUUUUCAUCUGGAGUGUGUAGAUCCACCUUUAGUUGAUGUACCUUCUGAAGACUGGCAGUGUGCCCUAUGUAAACAACAUAAAACUUUGGGUGUUACUGACUGCUUACCUGAUGCAGAGAAACAAGGGUUACUGUGUCGUCAUGAACAUUUGGGUUUUGACAGACAUGGAAGAAAAUAUUGGUUCAUUGUUCGCCGAUUAUUUAUAGAGGCGGAAAAUGGAGAUGUUUGGUAUUACACAACUCCACAGCAAUUUCAAGAGUUAUUAAAUAUGUUAGAUGCAGAUGAAAUGGAAACUCCUUUAGUAAGAGAACUUUUAGAAAUGAAACAAGAGAUUUUAAGGCAGAUGGACAUCACAGAAAGACUAACAAACCAAUCUAAAGGGAGUCGUAAAUCUUACUUGGAAGUAGAAAAUGCAAAUAUUAUUAAACAGCGAAAAUUAAAAGAGGAACUGAAGAACCAAGAACAGAAUGUUGGAUUAAAAUUAGACAAUGAAAAGUUGGAAAAUGAAUCAUCUUUGAUCCCAGAUGGGGAUGUUGUAAAUGAGGUUACCAUAACAAGUGAAGACAUGGCACAAGGUGACAACGAAGGGCAGGAUGGAGAAGAUGAUGAUCUUAAGAAAACGAAAAAUUUAAGUAGUAAAACUAAGUCAACUCAGAAGAAAAUUGAUGAAGUUACAGAUAGAGUGACCAGGCUAAAAUCUAACCAGAUGUCAAAUGGAACAUACCUUUUCAAGUUGGGGAAUGAAAAUACUUUCAAAAAUUAUGUUAACCAAUAUGCAAGUAACCCCUUGGCACUAAAUAAGCCCCAAAGAAAUGAAGAAAGAGAUAAAAAACGUUACAUGUCUCACAAAUUUUCACUAUCAUCAGGGCAAGAAUUUAAGUGGAUUGGUCUUCUUAAUGCUACAAAGCCAUUACUGGUGGCCACAAUCAGACAGACUUUAUUACAAUUGGAAUCCAAUAUAGUGGUGCAGUUUAUGCAUCCUAACUGGCCUUUGUUAAGAAAACCAUGGGUGCAGGCAGUGCAACUUUGUCAAGCACCAAGAGACUUUUCUAGAGCUCUAUGUGUUCUGCAGGCGUGUAUAAAAAGUGUUGUUUGGAUGCCAGCUUGGCAUGAGCAGUUAGGUCAUGUUAAACUUAUACGCACAACAGCUACAGAACGAGAGGAACGCAAAAAGCUUGACAAACGAGAAAAAAAAGAAAGAGAUGAAGAGGAAGAAAGAUAUAGAACAGCAUAUAACUUCGUCAAAUAUUCACUAGGACUCCGACAUCAGGUUUGGAAGCAAAAAGGUGAAGAAUAUAGGAUUCAUGGACAAUGGGGAUGGCUUUGGAAUGCUGCCACCAGAAAGUUUAAAAAACACAAUACAACUCCAAAACAAAAUCUAUUGAAUGGUCCUGCUAAAAUUGCUGUCAGAGUGAGAGAAGGAAGCACCAUAAAAAUUUUAGCAGUAGAACCAAAAACUUAUGAAUAUUUAAUUUCAAAUAAGACUGAAGAUAAGGAAGUUCUUGAUAAGUUACCACCAUCUAUGAGAAAUCUUACUGUUGAAAAAGAGGAUGAAGAUUUUGAAGAAAUUGAUGUAGAAAAAGCUUUAAGUUCAUCUACAAGAAGAUAUUACCCUAAAGUAGCUAGAAAGUCUAAAUUGGAUGAUUUUUUAACGCGACGUACGUAUCUAAAAUUCAUGGAAGAGAAGAAAAUUGCAAACUAUGUAUCAAAAUUGAAAAAAGAACAUUUAGAUGUAAAAAGUGAAGAUGACAAAAACAUUGAUGUUGAAAAUGACGAACCAGAAACUGAACUUAAUUCUAUUUGUGACUCAACAAAUGAAAAUAAACCAGCAAAUAUAGACACCACAUCAAAAACGACCGACGCACUGCGCGAUCAGUAUCAAACUUUGGCCCAGAUCACCAAACACUACAAGUGUUAUUCCCUUAGUUGCAAUAAAAUAGAACCUUCAAGUUUGCUACAAGGUUCUGGUGUGAAAAUUAAUUGUUAUUCUCCUCUAUGUCUUAUGAAAGGAAAAAUUUUGAAUGAUUUAUUAACAAUAUUGAAAAGCGGUACGACGAACUCUACACGGUUGCUAAUAAAUUGUAAAGAAAACAAUAAAGUUUCAAUCUUAGAACAGUAUUUGUUAGGUAAAAGUUCAGUUGCUUCCACAAAUUCUAAUGAGAAUAUUUUAACUGAUUUGCUCUCGGCCGUGGCUUGCGCUCAAGAAUGUGAUAACAAAAAUACAGAUUGUUUUGUAAAAAGAAAAUUAAGUGGAGAUUCUGAGAUAACAAUCAAAACUGAAAAGGAUGAUGAGUCAUUAUGUAUUCUCAAGUCUGAGAAUACAUUAGAGGAAUCUGCUGUGCCAGCUGUCGGGAAUGAAAUGGACAUUGAUAUUUCAUGUGGUAAUAAUGAAGACAAUGAUGUAGAAAUAGGGCCUUUAAAAGAAUUAACUGAUCCUGAUCAACCAAUAGAUGAUAACGUAAAUGAAAAUGAUGCAGACAAGAGUAGACCACCAAUCCCAAAGUUAAGAAUAACAAGAGGUCGCUCUAAAGCAUCAACAAAUACAACCACAGUUGCCAACAAUGACACAAAAAAUUCAUCAUAUAAAUGUUCUGUAACUACAUCCAAGACUGAAGAUAAACCGAAAUAUCGUGCAACAGUCAACAGGAGAUUUGGCUUGGUACGUCCUAAAAGGGAUGAUAAACCAAUAAAAGAAGAAAAGACAGAAAAUGGUAUCAUACGAGUUUAUUCGUCUGAAAAUCCAUGUAGAAAAGUUUAUCUCAAAAAAGUGCAGACAUCAGCAGUGGAAAAGAAAAAGAAAAGGACACCAGUUAAGUACCCUCUCUGUUCUACAUUCCACACACGAAGCAAAGCAAAGACUUUAAUGGUUUUGCCACAUCAUGAAUUAAGAAAAAUAUCAAGACAAGCUGGACACAGCACAGUUUCGGGUUUCAGUCAUAAUGCCAAACCAAACCAAGCGGUUUGGCCAUACCCUUGUCCUCGACCUCUAUUCAAAACAUGUUGGUUAUAUCGCACAGUGAAUCUACAGUGGUUGGCUAGCGCAGCUCUGCAGGUCCGCAUUAUGUUCACCUGUUUGCGUUGGGACGACAUGGUGGCUAAACCUGCUACUGCUGAUGGGAAGCAUCAACUCACUACCGAUACAGAGAUCGUAUCCUUGGAACUUCUGAAGCACCGUCAUAUCGGACAAUUCUCAGAGCGAACUCAAUACCUACGACGAAAAGUCGUAAUUCCUUUGGAAUUGCCCAAAACUGUACGCGAAGUAACUUCAAUCAGAAGCGGGUUAAGGAAGAGAAAACGGGCGGAGUCACCUCAAAAUACUGAGCCCCAGGUUUCCGAAGAGUGGGUGGACGAGGAUAAACUGGAGCUGUGGGAGGUGCGCCAGUACGGCGAGCGAUCGGAGCGGUCCGAGCGCGCCACGCCCGUGACGCGGACGUCCACAGGCAAGCUGCCCGCGCGCGCGCCGCCCGCUCCUCCACCCAACGCCGCCGACCUCAAGGACAAGAUGGAGCAACAGCUGCGCGAACAGCGCGCCGCCCACCAGCAGAAGCGGGCCCUCGAGAUGUCGCAAGAUAAAUCAAAGACACCCAAUCAAAUUUCUGGAAAGAGCACUCUCACUUCUCUAUUAACUUCAAAUACAAAUACUCCAACUGGACAGAAAACAGUCAUCGGAACCAGGAGAAUAAUAAUGACCAAAGGUGCGGAGGGCGCCACUCGAGUUAUAAGUCAAUCGAUAAUAUCGGGAAGUAAAUCCGGUCAAACAGAGGCCGCCAAACCUUCCUCGACUGUCACUAAAGACGGACCACAGAAAGUCCAAAUAAUACGAGCUCCGGAUGGGAAAAUCACUGUAAGAGGAUUACUUCCUGGACAGCAGCUGAUCCAGAUGCCCGACGGUAAACUGCACGUGGUGAUGGCCGGGCAGCAGGGAGUGACCGGGCAGCUGGUGGCGGCGUCGCCCGUCAAGCAGGCAGAUGAGGACGAGCGGCCCGCUAAGCCCGCGGCACAGCAGGUGGUGCUGCAGGCGGCGCGGCCCGUGCUGGUGCCGCAGCAGCUGCGGCCGCGCCCGCCCGUGCAGACUGUGCUGGUGCAGGGCCAGCUGCUGCCGCGCGCGCCCGCUCCGCCGCGCCCGCGCCUAGCCUCCACCCAGCAGAUCGUUGUCAACAACCCCGCGCUCGUCCAGCAGAUCGCCGCCGGCAAAAUACAGCUGGCCACCGUUAAUGGCCAGCAGGUGCUCAUCCGCCCGACCGGAAACAAUCAGGCGCAGAUAGUGGCGCACAUCGGGCAGAGCCCGACGCAGGCGCCCGCGCCGCUGGCUACCUCGACGCCGCGCCCCCCUCUGGCUCCGGCGCCCACUGCUGCCCCGCCCCCGGCUACUCCUGCAGCGCCUUCGCCACAACAACUCACGGAGGAUGAGCUAGUGGAAAAACGACUCCUUGUUGGGCAACCACCCGGAACCGUCAUAAAAACUGUCACCGCUCAGGUGAUGCAAACAAGCAGCGGUCCCAGCAUAGUCUUACAAGGUCUUCACGGAUAUUCACUGACUCCACAACAAUUGGCUUUGGUACAACAUCAAGUCAAACAACAACUAUUGAAAGCUCAAGAAUCGACGGGUAAGCAGGGUAUGCUGGGCCCCCGCAAGAUGUACUUGGCCGUGCAGCCGGCGCUGGGCACUGCGCCGCCGCCGCUGGCGCCCGUGGCGGCGCCCGUGGCCGCCGUGCUGCCCGUGCCUGUGCCGCAGCAGGAUGUUAGUGAAGAAGAUCAAAUAAAGCAAACAUCGCCUCUAGUCAACGGAGAAAACAAAGAGACAGUCUCCUCCAAACCUGAGGAUGUUCAACAAAACAAUAAUAAACCAGAUAUUAUUAAAGUAGGACCAGAAGGCAUUGUGCAAUCCAACAAAUUUGUUCUUACUCCUGAUUAUAUACAACAAACUAUAAAGAGUGCUCUUAAACAAGAAAAUCUAAAUCCAGAAAUAGAAGAAAAGCUACUACAACUUCAAAGGUAUCAGGAAAAGCGAAUGAAACCUGAGCAGCAACCGGAGAGAGAGCCGCGAGUGAUAGCGGUGGCGGCGCAGUCGCCCUCGCCGCCGCCGCGCCGCCGCGCCACGUCCUCGCGCCUCGACGACGACGACGAGUGGGUCGAGAGCAGUCCCCGCAAGCGAGGCCGCGCGCGCCCGCCCUCGCCGCCGCCCGCCCCGCGCGCCGCGCCCGCGCCUUCGCCCGCGCGCCCGCCGCCCGCGCCCACCACCCCUACCGCCCCGCCCGCCCCGCCCGCCGCGCCCGCCGCGCCCGCCGCGCCGCUCUCCGCGUUGGAUGAGCGUCGGCGAACGGCUCGUUUGCAGAUGUUACUUUUCAAACACAAAGAAAUGCUAAAAAAAGACAUUAUCAAAAAGCGAGGUUUACUCGAAAAGGAACUUGGUGUGGAAAUUCAGAAAGAGCUGUCGGCGGAGCUGGCACUAAGGACCCGUGCUGAGCGCAGCAAACAAGAUGAAGUGCGGGGUGGCAAGAGACGCGCCGCGCCGUCUGCUUCUCGCGACUCCACACCGCGGGCUAACAAAAAGGGCGGCAAAAAAGAAAAGCUUUUGUGCAUAUGUCGAACUCCCUAUGAUAAUACGAAAUUUUAUGUUGGAUGCGAACAUUGUAGUAAUUGGUUCCAUGGCGAUUGUGUUGGAGUUACGGAAGAAAUGAGCAAAACAAUGGAGGAAUAUGUAUGCCCCGACUGUCGAAGGGCCGAAGAAACACAAGAAUUGUAUUGUCUUUGUCGACAGCCAUAUGAUAACUCACAAUUUUACAUAUGUUGCGAUCGAUGUCAAGAUUGGUUCCAUGGUCGAUGUGUUGGCAUUUUGCAAUCUGAAGCAGAUAAUAUUGACGAAUAUAUUUGUCCUAACUGUCAAAAAAAUAAUUCUGUCAAUUAUGCAAACAUGAAGGAAUUGUCCAAUAAAGAUUUUGAGAAUUUGAAGAGGCUUGUUAAACAAAUACAAUUACACAAGAAUGCUUGGCCAUUUAUGGAACCAGUUGAUCCCAGAGAAGCUCCUACUUACUACAAAGUUAUUAAAGAACCAAUGGAUCUGCAGACAGUGGAAAGAAAAGUGAAUGAACAAACAUACAGUACAUUAAGUGAAUUCAUUGGUGACAUGACUAAGAUAUUUGACAAUUGUCGGUACUUCAAUCCUAAAGAUUCCGAAUUUUAUCGUUGUGCGGAGGGCUUGGAAGCAUUUUUUGCACAAAAAAUUAAAUAUUUCCGUGAAAAGUUAUUUGAAUCUACUCAGUGAUUAAAAGUGCCAGAGAAACUUUAAAAGUGAAAGAAUCAGCGUGCAGAACUGUUCAGUGAUGUAAAGUCCUGAUGCUUGAUCUGUAAAUUGUAUACAUUGUGAUGAAAUUUUCAAAGAUAAUAAUUUAUAUUUACAAGGAUGCUAUAUGUAUUUGAGGAGUAUGUCAGUACUGGUAUGAUUAGUAUUUAUUACAGUUUCCCCAAUUUAUUGACUGGCAAACUCUUUCGAUAUGGCGUUCCUGACAGGAUAAUUUAUUAUUAUGUAUGUACACACUUCUGUGAAAUAUUAUGUUAGCUAGUAUAACUUAGCGACUUUAGUUAUUUUGGUAGCAACUAGAUUAAGUAAGGUAAAACUAUUGUAUGUAAGUAAUAAAUUUUUAUUAAUAUACA